UCCCCACCUCGCCCCGGCCAGCUGUGCCCGGCGUCGCCCUGCGCCCGGCCCUCCGGCCAGCCUUCCGCGGGCCACGCCGCGAUGGAGCUGCCCCAGCCCGAGCCCGCGCCGGGCGUGGCUCUCAGUCCGGCCGGCGUGCGCGGUGGCGCCGAGCGUCCCAGCCACCUCCGGGGCCUCCGGCUGGGAGCUCAUGGCCUCGUGGGGUCCCCGGAGCGCGCGGCCGCUUCCUCGCCGGUCACCACACUCACCCAGACCAUGCACAACCUCGCCGGGCUGGGCAGUGAGACCCCAAAGAGUCAGGUAGGCGGCCUGCUCACACGCCUAUCCCUGUCCCGGAGACGAGCAUCUGAAUCUUCCCUGUCGUCUGAGUCCUCUGAAUCUUCUGAUGCAGGUCUUUGCAUGGAUUCUCCCAGCCCCAUGGACCCCCAGAUGGCAGAGCAGACGUUUGAACAGGCCAUCCAAGCAGCCAGCCGGGUCAUCCGAAACGAGCAGUUUGCCAUUCGACGCUUCCAGUCCUUACCGGUGAGGCUUCUGGGCCACAGCCCUGUGCUACGGAACAUCACCAACUCCCAAGCACCUGGCAGCUGGAGGAAGAGCGAGGCGUGUGGCCGAGCUGCCCGCAGCUCUGGGGAGGACAAAGAGAAUGAUGGAUUUGUUUUCAAGAUGCCAUGGAAACCCCCACAUCCCAGCCAUGCCCAUGCUUUGGAAGAGUGGGCUGACCGAAGAGAAGCCUUUGCCCAGAGACCAAGCUCAGCCCCCGAUCUGAUGUGUCUCACCCCUGAGCGGAAGAUGGAAAUAGAGGAGUGGAGUCCCCCGGCCCGAUCCCGCUUCCCCCUGACUGCCACCCAGGGGUCCUCUGAGGAAGAUGAUGGAUUUGUGGACAUCCUGGAGAGUGACUUAAAGGAUGACAAUGUGGUCCCCCCAGGCAUGGAGAGCCUCAUUAGCGCCCCACUGGUCAAGACCUCAGAAAAGGAGGAAGAGCAGGACCUCAUCAUAUACAGCAAGUGCCAGCGGCUCUUCCGUUCUCCGUCCAUGCCCUGCAGCGUGAUCCGACCCAUCCUCAAGAGGCUGGAGCGGCCCCACGACAGGGACCUGCCCAUACAGAACAAGCGGAGGAAGAGCGCCACCCCUCCAGAGGAGCAACGGGAGGCCGAGGAACCUAAAGCCCGUGUCCUCCGCUCAAAGUCCUUGUGUCAUGAUGAGAUUGAGACUAUCCUGGACAGUGACCACCGAGAACUGAUUGGGGAUUACUCCAAGGCCUUCCUUCUGCAGACUGUGGAUGGGAAGCACCAAGAUCUCAAGUACAUCUCACCAGAAACGAUGGCAGCCCUGUUGGCAGGCAAGUUCAGCAACAUUGUGGAGAGGUUCGUGAUUGUGGACUGCAGGUACCCCUACGAGUAUGAAGGCGGGCACAUUAAGACUGCCGUGAACUUGCCCCUGGAACGGGAUGCUGAGACCUUCCUGCUACAGAGCCCCAUCACACCCUGUAAUCUGGACAAGAGAAUCAUCCUCAUUUUCCACUGUGAAUUCUCAUCUGAACGCGGUCCCCGCAUGUGCCGUUUCAUCAGGGAGCGUGACAGAGCUGCCAACGACUAUCCCAGCCUCUACUAUCCUGAGAUGUAUAUCCUCAAGGGCGGCUAUAAGGAGUUCUUCCCACAGCACCCGACCUUCUGUGAGCCCCAGGACUACCGGCCCAUGAACCAUGAGGCCUUUAAGGAUGAGCUGAAGACCUUCCGUCUCAAGACACGCAGCUGGGCUGGGGAGAGGAGCCGGCGGGAGCUCUGUAGCCGCCUGCAGGACCAGUGAAGGCCAGCGCCAGUCCUGCCUACCUUCUCUUCCUCGUGGCCUGGGUGCCAGCCACCUAGGGCCCUGCAGGGCUGAGGGUCUGCUGCAGGCCCCAGGUGCCAUCCAGGGGAAGGGCAGUGAGGGUGUCCUGUCUGUCUGCCCCCAGCCCUGGUCCCCAUGUCUCCAUUCAAUCAUACUUCAGACCCUUGUCCCACCCCCACCCCAGCCCAGCCCCUGGAGGAGCCCAGCCUGUUGAUUUGGUGAAAUUGGAUUAUGUCGAGCUCUAAGGAAGUAUUUUGUGUCCAGCAGGGACCUUUUUGCUUUUUUUCCUUCCUUGUUUGAGUUAACCCUUUGUCUUCCCAUGUCCAGAAAAGACCCCCCUUUUCUCUAGGGGCUUUGUUUGUAUGUGGCCAGAGGAAAGCCACAGCCCCCCAGGAUGGGCCAAGGCAGAAUUCCUCCCUGUGAGGGGAGCUGGCACUGUGGCCGGGCCCUCUCUAGCACUCCUGGGUGUGUCUGCCGUGUUUUCUUUCUCUUUCUCUUUCCUGUCCCUCCACAUGAACACCUCCAGCACAAACAUAACCUCUUACUCUUUCCUGUUUCAGUGUUACCCGCACGCUUGAUUCAUUUGUCUGAUUUGUUGCCCAUCUCAGGAUAUUCACAGGCUGAGGAUUAGGCUCCCCUCUCCAGCUGGGGUUAGAGACUCUGAACAUUAAUUAGCCACUUGACCCUAGCUCCUCAGGGGCCCUUGGGCCAGGGCUAAGGCCUGCAUCCUGAGCCCCUGGAAGCCCAGACCUCACUGCUGUGAACCCCGGGGCCUGACUGGUCAGAAUUUGCUGCUGUCUUGUUGUGGAUGGACAGAUGGACGAAUGGACGGAUUAUGGAUGGAUGGAUGGAUGGAUGGAUGGAUGGAUAGCCAUGGAUGCCCAAUGCCUUGCACACACAAACUGCUGAGUUGAAGCAUUUCAGUGAGCAUGACAGCCUGCGGCAAGAAUAUAUAUGUGUCUGUCUGUGUGGACAAAGUCUUUACACUUUAAGGUUU